GCGCGGCUGUGCGGCGCCGUGCCCGGACGGAGGAGGUCACCGAGCGGCGGCGGCGGCGGGGCCGCGGCUCCAGCAUGUGGCGGGUGUUGGCGCGGAGCGUAGUGCGGGACGUGGCGGGAGCCCCCGGCCGGGCGCGGAGCUGUCGAGCGCUCAGUGCCGCCGGGGCCGGCCGCGGCGCGGGGGUGGGGGUCGGGGUCGUGCCGCUGUGCCGCGGCGCGGCCAGGGCUGGCCCCGUGAACCGGCCUGGUGGGCUGCUGCUGCCGCCCGCCUGGCCCCGGCUCGUCCCCUGUCGCUGCUGCAGUCUCCCGGCACACCAGAAGGUGGCCUUGCCAGCUCUGUCCCCCACCAUGCAGAUGGGCACCAUCGCACGCUGGGAGAAGAAGGAGGGCGACAAGAUCGGGGAAGGGGAGCUCAUAGCAGAGGUGGAGACAGACAAAGCAACAGUUGGCUUUGAGAGCUUGGAGGAAUGCUACCUGGCCAAGAUCCUGGUGCCAGAAGGGACAAGAGAUGUUCCUAUUGGGGCCAUAAUAUGCAUCACAGUGGAGAAGCCUGAAUACAUUGAUGCCUUUAAAAACUACACUCUGGAUUCUGCAGCAUCUGCCCCCCCUGCAGCCUCAGUGCCUCCCCCUCAAGCUGCAGCUCCCUCACCGCCACCUCAGCCUUCACCUCAGGCUCCUGGCAGCUCUUACCCUCCUCAUAUGCAGGUCACUCUCCCUGCCCUAUCACCUACCAUGACAAUGGGCACAGUGCAGAGAUGGGAGAAGAAGGUUGGGGAGAAACUGAACGAGGGAGACUUGCUGGCAGAAAUUGAGACAGAUAAAGCCACUAUAGGCUUUGAAGUGCAGGAAGAAGGCUACUUGGCAAAAAUAUUGGUGCCUGAAGGAACAAGAGAUGUGCCAUUAGGAACAGCACUCUGCAUCAUCGUGGAGAAGGAGUCUGAUAUUCCAGCCUUUGCUGACUACCAAGCCACUGCAGUAACUGACAUCAAGACACAAGCUCCUGCUCCUCCCCCUCCUCCUCCUCCUCCACCACCAGUGGCAGCAACUCCUGCUCCUGCUCCCCCUCCUCAGCCUGCUGUUCCUUCUGCUCCAGCAGCCCCCACAGCUGGGCCACCUUCUCGUAAAGGAAGGGUCCUGGUUAGUCCUCUGGCAAAGAAAAUUGCAGCAGAGAAAGGAAUUGACCUUGCCCAAGUGAAAGGUACUGGACCAGAUGGUAGAAUCACAAAGAAAGAUGUGGAGUCAUUUGUACCACCAAAGGUUGCUCCAGCUCCAGCACUAGAGGCAGUUCCUGCAGCUGCUGCAGUUGCAGCAGCACCAGUGGGGACCUUCACAGAUAUUCCUAUCAGCAACAUUCGGAGGGUGAUUGCUCAGCGUUUGAUGCAGUCUAAACAAACAAUACCUCACUACUACCUUUCUGUGGAUGUAAACAUGGGAGAAGUUCUGGUGCUAAGGAAAGAGCUCAAUCAGGAAGUCUCAGAUAACAUUAAGCUUUCUGUCAAUGACUUCAUCAUUAAAGCUUCUGCUCUGGCAUGCUUGAAGGUGCCUGAGGCCAAUUCCUCCUGGAUGGACACCGUUAUUAGGCAAAACCAUGUGGUGGAUGUUAGUGUGGCUGUGAGCACUCCUGCAGGGCUCAUCACUCCCAUCGUGUUCAACGCGCACCUGAAGGGCCUGGCAACCAUCAGCAAGGAUGUGGUGUCCUUGGCAGCUAAAGCCCGAGAAGGUAAACUUCAGCCUCAUGAAUUCCAGGGUGGGACUUUCACCAUUUCCAAUUUAGGAAUGUAUGGGAUUAAGAAUUUCUCUGCCAUCAUCAAUCCACCUCAAGCCUGCAUCCUUGCAGUUGGUUCCUCAGAGAAAAGGCUGGUGCCAGCUGAUAAUGAGAAAGGGUUCGACGUGGCCAGCGUGAUGUCCGUAACGCUCAGCUGUGACCAUCGUGUGGUGGAUGGAGCAGUGGGAGCACAGUGGCUUGCUGAGUUCAAGAACUUCCUUGAGAAGCCAGUAACAAUGCUGCUAUAAUUUCAUCCUGCAAGCAACCCUUGCCCUGGGUUGGGGGGGGGGUCACACUGUUUUUAUUUGAAACCCUAUUUAGACUUUUAGUGUUCAGACUUAUUAAAAAACCCAGAAAGAAGAGGUCCCUUUUAUUUUUUAAUUGAAGCUCUGUAUGAGAGGAGUUGGGAAUUGGUAUUUAUUACCACUCUGUACAGGGGGGGAAAAGAAGUGAAAAUGAAAAUCAGUUUGCAGAAGUGCUUUUCAGAGCAGUUAGAGCUCUGCUGUGUUUGGGAUGCAGUCAGUUCACUUGGCAAACUCCUCCAAAACAGAGUGAAGCAUCCCAGGUGGCAGUGUUACCCAGGCAGCACGAUGCUCACUGCUGUCUGCUCAGCCAGGGUGAGCAGCAGGCUGCCUACUAAGAAGUUCCCUGGCCUCAGUGUUGUCAGAAAUGGGAUUUCUAAACAUCUCUUCACAGUUCAGGUGAGAUUGUAACAGAAGUGGACAGAUUGGUAGCUGGUGGAUUGUCUUCUGUCCUGCUCUGUCUGGGUGGCUGAGUGUGACAUGCACUAAGGGACUGGGAAUGGUUUAACACAGGCCAAGUGCCUGGAAUUUGCUACUGGUCUGGACCUUCCCAGUGAUGUGAUCCCUUUUGAGCACUUUAAGGUGGAAGAGCACUGCUGCCUUUGGGGUCACAGCUUUCAGACAGCUCAGGGGAUGUGCUGUCUCCUCAUCAGCCAUCACAUCUGCUUCUUGUAUGAAAACUCUUCAGUUGCUCUUCCUUUUGCUAAGCUGACCUCAGAGUGAUGCCAUGGAAGUAACUGUUUUGCAGAACAUUCAGGAGGAUCUGGGUGUGGGAACCCAAUGCAGGCAAAUGUCACCCACUAAUAACUCCCAUUAGUGGGCAUUCAUUCUGAGGACUGCUUGGAAAAAGCCAUUUUCAGGCAUUCUAAGCUAAGAACUCCUGAGUUAGUCACUGGUGCUGUGGUUCUCCCUUCAGCUGUCUAUGUUGUGCCAGCCUCAGUGAGCUGCAGAAUGUGCUCUCCAUGUAUAUAUUGUAUGUAAAAGGCUUCAGUAGUUGUUUGGACUUGUGUCCAGUUCCCCAAGUUGUGGCAUCCUGCAAAGGGUGCAGUGCUGAACCUUCUCCAUUUCCACUUUUCCACAUGGGAAUACUACUGUACAAAGGAUGGCUGUGUAGGAAAUACAAAGUGACCAGGAGGAUGAAAAUACAGGGGAGGGAGGGGGUUAGGCAAGCUUCAAAUUACCUAGAAAGGAACAAGUUGCAGCUGCUCUGUUGUUCUGUACAUUGCAUUAAGUUCUGUCUCCUGUAAAGCUCUAGGAAAAAGAAACUUUACACUAAAGACAUUGAAAGAAAAAUGUUGUGGCAAUGAAAUGUUCUUUUUGGUGAGAGCUAUUUCAUGUCUGGUUGCUGUGAUAACCUGGUUCUCAUGCCUGGCUUUAAGCACAGAAGUGCAUUAAGGUUUGGGGGGGGGUUUUCUUUAAUGGUCUUAAAAACAUCUUUUGGUUCCAGAUUUGCUUUUAGUGAACCUACAGUCUAUUAAAUGUUUGGAAUUGACAACCUACUAAA